AUGACUGAUUUUGACAACGCCUCCCGUGGCUUCAUCGGAACCCUGGAGCCCGGUGUCAUCAAGACCCAAGCAGGCCGCCUUGCAUGGAACAACAAUGAAUACGACUUUGUUCAGAGAGCCAAGUGCCCGGACAGUGUUCAUCCAAAGUUAUGGCGACAAGCUCAGCUCUGCAACAAACACGGUCUCUUCGAGGUGGCACCGGGUGUCUACCAGGUGCGCGGAUUCGACCUGUCAAACAUGACGCUAGUCGAAGGCCAAAAAGGAGUGAUAAUCAUUGAUCCCUUGAUAUCAAAUGAAUGUGCUGCUGCUGCCUUUUCCCUUUACAAAAAGCAUCGCGGUGAACGACCACUGACCGGGUUGAUCUACUCACACUCUCAUGUGGAUCACUUCGGCGGCGCUCGAGGUGUCUUACCAGAGGGAAUGGAAAAUGAUAUUCCGAUCAUCGCUCCGGAAGGCUUCAUGGAAGAAGCGACAAGCGAGAAUAUCUAUGUCGGAACAGCCAUGCGACGCAGAGCGAGAUUUAUGUACGGAUCAAGCUUGCCUCGGAACCCAGAAGGGCAAGUUGGAUGUGGACUCGGCAUGGCAACAUCUCAAGGAACGACUUCACUAAUUCCGCCAAAUAUGCUCAUUGCAACCACCGGCGAAGAGCGGGUAAUUGAUGGCGUCCGCAUCGAGUUCCAAAUCGUCUCGGGCACCGAGGCUCCUUCGGAAUUCAACUUCUAUUUCCUAGACAGCAAAGCUCUGUAUAUCUCCGAAUGCGCAACUCACUGCAUGCAUAAUAUUAUCACCCUCCGAGGUGCACUUGUUCGCGACUCUAAGGCCUGGUCGCAAGGUCUUGACGAAAGUCUGGUAUUGUUUGGUGACCGAGCGACGGUGUUGUUCGCCGGGCAUCACUGGCCGACAUGGGGCCAACGGGACAUUUCUCGACUACUUGUUGAGCAGCGCGACAUGUAUGCCUUCAUGCAUGACCAAACCGUUCGCCUUAUGAAUGAGGGACUCACUGGCGUUGAGAUUGCCGAGAAAUUAAGCCUCCCACCCACUCUUGAUAAGGCCUGGCAUAUCCAAGGGUACUAUGGUUCCCUCAGCCACAACAUCAAAGCCAUAUAUCAGCGGUAUAUGACUUGGUUCGAUGGCAAUCCUGUCAAUUUGUGGAGACACACCCCCACGGAAGAAGGAAAGCGAUAUGUUGCUUGCAUGGGUGGUGCAGAUAGGACGGUGGCAUUUGGGAAUGAAUAUGCUGCAAAGGGAGAUCUUCGAUUUGCAGCAACCCUCUUGGGUCAUGUUGUCGCCGCAGAGCCAAAACAUCCCCAAGCACGGAAAUCACUUAGCGCCGUCUUCACGAAGCUUGGUCAUGGCGCAGUGAAUGCGACGUGGCGUAACUUUUACCUUACUGGAGCAAUGGACCUCCAGCAGGAAGGAACCCCAACUCUGCCCCCAGGAGACACGGUGCCAGGCCUCAAUCCACUGAUGAGCGUGGAUCAAUGGUUGAGUGGGAUUUCUGUCCAGAUCGAUGGGCCCCGAGCAGCCAGAGAGGAUAUCGUCAUUGACAUUAAGCUUACUGAUCAAAGUCAGACUUGGCGCUUGACUUUGAGUAAUGGCGCUUUGACAUACCGGAUGACCUCUGAUGAUGCGGCUUUCACCGGAGGGGCGGGCUUGCAUUUGACGGUUACCAAGGAAGACCUGGGGCAGUUGCUUCUGGCCCGGAUCAAGCCUGAGGCCAAGGUGUUUAAGGGUAAUCCCAAGCUAUUCCAUAAGUUAUUGCAAUUUUUGCCAUGGGCAAAUAGUUUGGAGAGCCAACUUUAA